UAAAGAUAUCAAAGGUCCUAAUUCUGCCACAUGUCAGAAGAUUGAAGAAGAGAGUUGUUGAAAUAUUGUUAAGACUGUUAGGCAGUUUUAGAGUUCUGUUAAAGUAGUUAGAAAGGCUAAGAGGUUAGAAACGUGUACACAAAGCUUUGUCAAGCUAGUAUAAAAACGAUUACUGUACUGUGUUGAAAAAUCAAGUAAUGAAUACAUCAAUUCUUCUUCUAAGAUCUCUGCUUUUCUCUGUUAAACUCUAUUCAAUAUUGCUAUUCUCACAUGGUAUCAUCGCCAUAGUACGAUCCUGAGCUUCCGCAUUCCUAUUCUUUGCUGCAAUUUCUGUUCUUCUGUCUCUAUCCUCUCUUCUCUUCUUCUUUGUUCAUUCAUCGAGCUUCUUUCCCUCUUCAACCCCACUAUUCCCUUUCGUAGUCUUUGCUCUGCCUACCACCUGUUUGUUCUUUUACCUCACAGAAACUUCUGCUUGUUCUAUUGCCCAUUUCUUUUCUUCUCACACCUAUUAUCUUCCUGAAUACUCAUCAUGGUGACUGCUACUCAACUUCAGAUUGUUCAAUCUCCGAUUACUACCUUAAUUCCCACUGUCUCUACUUCUGUGACAGUUAAGCUUGAUGAUGCAAAUUAUCUCACUUGGAAUUUUCAGAUGCAGCUUCUUCUUGAAGGUCAUGGCUUAUUGGGGUUUGUUGAUGGUUCACGGCUGUGUCCUCCUCGUUUUGAUGAAGAUUCUGCUGUUGAAGGUGUGGAAACUGAUGCUUAUGCAGUGUGGAAGAUGCAUGAUCGUGCCUUGAUGCAAUUGCUAAUUGCCACCCUUUCUUCUGCUGCAAUCUCAUAUGUCAUUGGGUGUACUAGUUCUCAUGAUAUGUGGGUUCAGUUGAAGGACAGAUUUUCUAUGGUUACCAAAGCUAGGAUUUUUCAGAUGAAAAGUGAGCUUCAGAAUAUCAAGAAGGGUGCUGACCCAGUCUCUCAAUACUUGCACAAGAUAAAGGAUGCUAGAGAUCAUCUUGCUGCUGCUGGGGUUUCUUUUGAUGAUGAUGAUAUUGUCAUCUUGGCUCUUAAUGGUCUUCCCCCAGAAUAUAAUACAUUUCGGUGUAUGGUUCGAGGCAGGGAAAAUGUGCUCUCUCUUAAAGAUUUUAGAUCUCAGUUGCUUGCUGAAGAGGCCAUUCUUGAACAUACUUGCUCUGCCACUCCUUUUGCCUCUGCAAUGAUGGCGAACAAUCAAUCAUUCCAAGGAACAUCUCUUGUUCUUGCUGACACUUCCCCGUCUGUCCCAUCUUCUAUUUCAUCUAGCCACAAUGGUGGUGUUCAUGGUGGUCUCAAUGGAGGUGUCCACUCUAGCUCUAAUGGUGGCUCUUUUUCACAUAAUGGUGGUUUCCAAUCUGGCCCUAAUAGAGGUUCCUUUUAUCGAGGAAGAGGUAGACCUCGGCAUCAGUUUUCUUCUAGUCCAAGACCGUAUCAAGCUCCACCUAAUUCUGGCCCUGGCAUCCUUGGUUCGGGUACUGAUAUUCCAACUUGUCAAAUAUGCAACAAGAAAGGUCAUCUUGCUGCUGAUUGUUAUCAACGACAUCAGCAAUUCACAAGUCCUAGUUCCUCUGUUCAAUGCCAAAUUUGCUGGAAGUAUGGCCACACCGCUAUUCAGUGUUACCACAGAGGCAAUUUUUCCUAUCAAGGCAAACCUCCUUCAUCCAAUCUUACUGCAAUGCAUGCCAACUGUUCUCCUUCCUCAUCAGCUGAGCAAUUUUGGGUAGCUGAUACUGGAGCAACAGCCCAUAUGACGUCUGAUUUGUCUCAACUCAGUCUUGCUACCCCUUUCUUAGGAAAUGAGACUAUCACCACUGCGGGGGGUUCAGGACAAACUCACGGGGAGUGUUCUUCUCAAGGGGCUGUGUAGAGCUGGCCUAUAUUCAAUUCCUUUCUUUCCUUCACAACCUCAUCCUACUCCAGCUGCUUCUCUCCUCAAACAACAUUUCUGCUUUCUUGGACAUC